AUGAACAUGACUCCUGGCAGCUGUACGGCGGAGAUGCCGUACGGAUUCCAACCCCAUCUGAAGGGGCUUUACAUCGCCACCGAGCUCGUCAUCGCAGUGCUGGCCAUCAUCGGCAACUUCCUGGUUUGUCUGGCUGUCACGCGCAACAAGAAACUUCGCACUGUCACCAACUACUUCCUGGUGUCAUUGGCGGUGGCAGACAUCCUGGUGGGCUUGGUGGCCAUUCCCUGUGCGUUGCUGACCGACCUGGGUCGACCUCGCCAUAACCUGCCCCUCUGCCUGAUGCUGCUCAGCAUCCUGAUGGUGCUCACACAGAGCUCCAUCCUGAGUCUGUUAGCGGUAGCGGCGGAGCGUUACAUGGCCAUCCUUCUGCCCUUCCGGUACCAGCGAGUCAUGAGCCCCAGGAACGCCCAGCUGGCCCUGCUGGUCACCUGGGGCCUGGGGGCCAUCUUCGGCUCCGUGCCGCUCAUGGACUGGAAAAGACAACCGGCAAACUCCGACUACUGCAUCUUCACGUGUGUGGUGGACAUGAACUACAUGGUCUACUUCAACUUCUUCAUCUGCCUCCUGGUGCCGCUCGUGGCCAUGUUCAUCAUCUACGGCCACAUCUUCCUCACCAUCCGCCGCCAGCUCAGACGCAUCGCCGUGGCCAGGGGGACCGCAGCAGAGGACACGAGAGCUGCCGGCAGCGGGAGCGCCGAGACGGAGGACACUGUGAGUUCUGCUGCUGGAGUGACCACAGGAGGUGGAGCAGGAACCAGCAGACAAGCGAAGGAAACGACGGGGAAAUGUAAAGUAAGGGCGAGGGAGGAAGUAGAGUCUAGCAUCGGGUCUCUUAUUGACACUGAGAAUACCGCCGUCUUUACAAAGCUAGGGUUUAGGAUCGCCUCAGCCGGAUCUACCAGCGCCGGCUCCGCUCCCGCCGGAGAGUCCAACGAGGCCAAAUCCAACCUUCGCACCCGCCAGGAGAUGCGUAAGGCCACCUCCCUCUUCCUGGUGCUGUUCCUCUUCAUGGUGUGCUGGAUGCCCAUCCACCUCAUCAACUGCAUCCUGCUGCUCUGCCCGCAGUGCGAGGUGCCCAUGUCGCUCACGCUGGCGGCUAUUUUGCUCUCCCACGCCAACUCGGCGCUCAACCCGAUCCUGUACGCGUACAGGAUGAGGUCGUUCCGACACACUCUGAUAGGAAUGUGGAGCGUGAGGCCAAAACGCCAGUAGAGGAAACACUCAGUCACUGUAUGAUACCGUGUAUCGU